GUACUGGUGAGUCGGGCAAGUCGACGUUUAUCAAGCAGAUGCGCAUCAUUCAUGGGAAUGGUUAUUCCGAUGAGGAUAAACGUGCUCACAUCCGCCUCGUCUAUCAGAACAUUUUCAUGGCAAUUCAGGCCAUGAUUCGUGCCAUGGAUACGCUCAAUAUUCCCUAUGGCGAUCAAUCUUCCGAAUUGCAAGACAAAGCGAACGUAGUACGGGCAAUAGAUUAUGAGAAUGUGACAUCAUUCGAAGAGCCAUACGUUAGUUAUAUAGAAGAUUUAUGGAACGAUUCCGGUAUCCAGGAGUGCUACGAUCGACGAAGGGAGUACCACUAUCUCUCCGAUUUGAGGAGGCUAGCAGCACCCGAUUACUUGCCUACAGAGCAGGACAUUCUUCGUGUUCGUGUUCCCACUACCGGUAUCAUCGAAUAUCCCUUCGAUUUGGAGCAAAUCAUUUUCAGGUAAUU